UAUAUUUGUGUAGUUUAUAAUUAUAAAAUUUAAAUUUAAUAUGUACAAAAUACAGAAGUUAAUUUUUGUACUUUUCCUUGUCUUCCAUAUUUGCGUCCCUGACAAGAAUCAAAAUUGCCCAAAAAUUAUUAAACGGAACGAGUGGACAGUAACGAGUGCAAAAAGCAUAAAUUAUUUAAUUAUUCCCCUUCCGUAUGUGCUAAUUCACCAUACAGUAACUCCAGAAUGUAAUACCAAAGGUUCAUGUAUCGAGGUAAUCGAAAGCAUUCGUUCUUAUCAUAUGGAUGGCAAUCAAUGGCACGAUAUAGGAUAUUCAUUUUUAAUUGGUGGAGAUGGAAACAUAUACGAAGGUUGCGGCUGGAAUCGCGAGGGUGCUCAUACAUAUGGAUAUAAUAAAAAAUCUAUUUCAAUUGCUUUCGUAGGAAAUUUUCAAGGGAAAGCUGCGAGUAGUAAAAUGGUGGAUGCUGCGCAUAAAUUAAUUCAGUGUGGUAAAUCACUAGGAAUGCUUAGAGAAAAUGUUCGCGUAAUUGGUGCUAGGCAAGUUCAACCCAUGCUAAGUCCUGGGAAUGAACUCUAUAAACAGAUCCAAAAUUGGCCUGAGUGGGUUGCUACACCGUAAUUGUAUAAUCUGCAAUGUAAUAUGAAAUUAGUAACAGUAACAAAGCAUGAAUGAUAUAAGUACAACAGAAAAUGUCACUUUGAAUAAUAUAUUUCCUGUUACACGUAAUAAAUACAUAUUAUUUUAUAUUUUAAAUAUAUUCUUUUCUAUGGGGUCAUCUGCAGUCAAUAGUUUAUGCAAUUCCAAUACAAAGUAUGGAAUAGAUAAAUGUUAUUAUUAAAUUAUUAUUAAAAUUAUUGACUGCCGAUGAACCCAUAGGAAAAAAUCAAGUGGUGACAAAUCCUGGGAUCGUGAUACUCAACCAAUGUUCUCCAAACUACGUGGCCCUUCCGUAAAGUGUUAAGCAAAGCUAUGGCAAGUUCAUAUUUUUUCUUUGUUGUGAAUUGUCGGCAGUUUGUAAAUAAGUUCUUAGAUAAGUUUCUAGUAAUAUAACACUUACUCAAGAUUCUUGACGUGAAUGUAAUUUCGAGUCUUAAUAAUAAACGUAAGUUAUUA